CAGCAUUAGGUUAUGUUGUUGCUGAACAUCCGACUUCUGCUUACCGCUGUGGACUAUAAUUAUUUUCGGUGCAUUUUACAUUCUAUUUCGAGUUAUAAUUCUCACAGUAAUUAGCUUAUUCACUUUCUCAAAAUGUGGUCAGCAUCUGAAUCAGUUUCAUGUUUUUGUAGAUUUAAACUGAGCGCUCUCACAGUAACAUAGAUCGGCCAUUGGUUCGGUGUGCUUUUUAAGCGGUGAUCAUCUUUUGGAGUUUUAUCAGUUCAUUUAAUCUUCAAGAUGGGUCGAAGAUCAAUCAAUACCACCAAGAGUGGUAAAUACAUGAACCCUACUGAUCAAGCAAGAAAAGAGGCAAGAAAGAAAGAACUUAAGAAGAACAAACGCCAGAGACAAUUGGUCCGAACGGCUGUUCUGAAAGGGAAAGAUCCUCUGCAACUCAUCAAUGAAAUGGAAAAAAUUGAUCAAAUGGAAUUCAAUGUUCUGCAACCAUCACCCUUAAAUGAAAAAGUGCUGAAAGAAAAACGAAAAAAAUUGAGAGAUACCCUUGACCGAGUGAUGAAGAUGUAUAUCAAGGAUGACCCUGACCGGUGGGAAGAGUUGAAAAGGGCAGAACAUGAUUACGAAAAACGCAGGAGCACUUUGCUGGCCCAUUAUGAUUCUGUGAAACAUGCCCAACAAGUUAUUGUUGAUGAUAUUCCUCUUCCACAAUUGGGGACUGAUUCUUUGGCUAAUUUUGCCGGAGGUAUACCGUCACAAAUUCCUUUACCACCUAUGAUGACAUCACUUCCAGAAAUUGGACUUCCUCCACCCCCGCCUGCUACGGGGAUUCUAAGGAAGCGCUCUGUUUACAGCCCUCCUCAUCCAACGAGGUCCAAAUCACCUCCAGGUGUUCCUCCUGGACCUCCACCAGAUUUUAGCGAUGAUGAGAUAAUUGAUGCUAGUGCACAAGAUGAACCAAAUCUGAAUAAAGAUACCAAGAAAAUCAAAAUGAGACGAAAAAUAAGGUUUGCAGGAAAUAACGAUGAAUCCGACUCAGAGGAUGCUGAUGAGUCAGAUGAAGAGAGAAAUGAAAACGAAGAUGAUUCCAAUAGAUUGAGGCCCACAAGUUUGCAGCAAAAAAUGUUAGCCAUGGCUGGUCAAGAUAUUGAUUCUUUUAUGAAAGAGAUUGAAGAGGUCCACAAAAGUAGAUCAUCUGGUAAUGAAAACUCAGAUCAACUAGAUUCACAAGAUCCAUUUUUGUUCCCUCCAACUGGUUUACUGCCACCAGGAUUACCUCCAGCCCCUCCACUAGUAGUUCCACCACCUUUGAUAGGUGGAAUGAUAAGAUUACCACCAGGCCCACCGCCAGGACGGCCUCCUACCAUGCCGCCAGGACCACCUCCUGGUUUACCUCCCUCCAGAUUAAUGAACAUUCGAUUACCACCUGGACCACCACCAGGAAUGCCUCCAAGGAUGAUAAGAUUUCCCACUGGUAUUCCUCUGCCACCCAUGGCUGGGCCUCCUCCGUUGUUCCCCAUGAACUCGGUCGGAUCUGCAUCGACUGCAACUCCUAACGUUCUGUCAGCGGCUCCGCAGCUCAUUAACAGAUCCUCUGAAAGUACCGCAACAAGUAAAUCUGGCACAACUAUUGAAGCUAAAGCUCAAAUAAGAAAUCUAAGUGCUGAUGUAACAAGAUUUGUACCAACUGCUUUGCGAGUGAAGAAAGAUGAUAUCAAGUCUAAUGCCAAGACCAAAACAACGGAAAAAUCGAAUGUUAGCAGUGUGCUCCAGUCAACAGAAGCCAAGUUUGAAAAAGCGAUACCUAGUCAGAAUGCAGGCAAAAACACUCAACAGACGAAGGAUGAUGCUUACAUGCAGUUCAUGAAAGAAAUGCAAGGUCUAUUGUAAAUUAUGUAUUUCAGCGAUUCAAACUAAAGCUCCCUCGUUUGAGUGUGUGACUCUUGAGAGAGAUUGAAUUCAAAAAGUGAGAAUUUUGGGAAGGAGGCACUUUAUAUCGUUCUUUCAUAACACUGAGUUUUGACUAAUUCUUGAAAAAUUCAUCCAUUCAAUAAAAUGCAAAUUGAUGUUUUCAUCAUGUACACAUUUUGUAAAUUCACAAUUCAAGGAAACUUGUUCUCGUCUUAUCUUGUAAAUUAAUUGUAAUCGAUGAAUUGUACUAAAGUUUUAUCUUCGAGAUUUUGAAGAAUUAGACAAAGACGGAUCAGCAGCAGGAACAGAAAAGGCAUUAUGAUUUUUCCGAGGAUUUUUGGAGGGGAAUAAUGAUGUUGCCACUCCUUUGUCACCAUUGCAAGGCUUUCAUGAGACUCCAAAGGAUGGCCAAUAAAUCCUAAGAUAACUAUCUGAAGACCAGAAGAUGAGCGGAAAGUAUUAAAAAAACAUCAAGCUGUUGAUAAAAUUAGCUCAACUGAAGUGACUGAGCCAAACCUGCGGCUUCAUUUAUAUUCUGUUGUACCCUUAAUUCUAUUCCCCACUCAACUGUUCAUUUGCAGAAUCUAGCGCUUUCUCUUUUGCACAAAUACUACCUGUCCAUUGAUCCUGUGACCCAAUGGUUCAGAAAUCUCACUGGUCUCCUUUUUUAGGUAUAAACAGGAAUCGUGAUCUUGAAAUUUCAAUUUUUAAAUUGAUUCCAUCUUCUUGUGAAAGGACGAAUUUUUUAGAAAAAUCAUCUGUCAUUGUCCUUUUUCAAUUGAUUAUAACAUCAAAAUGCUUAGUAUAUUCAUAACUAGUGCCUCCUCCAAAGAUUUUAUUUCAUGUGAUUUUCACAGUGACCUAGGUACCUAAACAUCCUCCUGGAUAACGCUUUGUCUCAUUUUUAAGAAAAUAAGUAAAACAUUAUUUUAAAAGUUGUUCUAUUGAAAAACUUAUAGAAUGCCUGAUUCAUGAUUACAAAUUCCUUGUCAUUUGACUGUUCAAA